GUUUCCUCGGGUGCAUCACCUCAGCCCUUGGAUUCGUCUCGCUGCGGGCUUCGACCUCAGCCUGAAGUGAUGAGUGAUAAAGCAGAGGAGGCUGCAGCUGGGCCCAAAGGCCAAGUGAGACGUCCUGGAAAACCCAUCACUCUGCCUCCGUUUAAGAAAAGGCUGAGCAUGCCGCUGCCAUCAGUGAGAGAGGAAGGAGACGGAGCAUCCCAACCCAAGGGCUCAGCCAUGUCCUGGGAAGAUGAUGACCCCAAAGUCACAGCAAUGUUGGGAGAUGUGCCAGAUCAACUGCCGAUACCAGUGAAAAUCAAUAUGGAAAUAAAAGAGCAAUUAAAGAAAGAAUUUCAACAGUUUGGAGGAAAAUAUGAAAAAGUCUUCAAAUUGCUUGAAGGAGUGCAAGGACCUCCAGAAGUGCAGAAAAAAUUUGUUGUAUAUGCCAUGAAGGAAGCGGCAAGAUUUAAAAGACAAGACUUAAUAAGUCACCUUGGGAAGUUACUAGAUAAACUAGAAUAUGACCAGUUUCUCAAGAAAGAUGAUGGCUUCCCAGAAUUAUAAUCCUGUUAUCGCAAUGAUCAAUGAGAAAGCAGAACCUGUUGGCUGUCCUGGAGUAUGACCAGAUAUUGUUGAUGCCUCCCAGCAUGAGCUAGCUAAGAAAUUGUCUUCUUGAGGCUAAGAAAAUGCACUGCAACUUUCCUGUUAUAAGUUUCUGUUAGUAAAAGCUGGGCUUUUGCCAUACGCAUUUUGUUGAAUGACUAAUUUGGUGUUUUUGUGUUUGUUCUCCACUGAGUUUGGGGAUAUUAUUA